CCCGUCUCGUUGGCAGUUUCUUAACUCUUCUAUACCCGAAUCAAGGUUACCUUUGAACCUCUCUCCCCCUACCCUGUUACAUUCUGCGUAACUAUUGUGAAGACUUUACAUUGUAAUUCUUAUUGUGUCUAGAUUCGAUUUUAGAAUACAACAUGCGUGCAAUCUCAUUAGUCAAUCGUAUUGAAUUUGAAUUUAGAGGAAAUGUUGCUAGGAAUGCGAUUGUAUUAGGCGAUUUAGAUAAUGAUGGAUCUAAUGAAUUGGUGAUUGGGAGCGAUAAUGGGAAAGUUGCCAUAUUCAAGGGAAGAAAAAAUUUCCAAGUCCUUUCCAAUUUUAGUUUUGUUAGUUGUAUAGCAAUAGGCGAUAUAUUCAAUGAAAAAAGUAAUAAUUUAGUGAUAGUCACUGCCGAUGGUUGGUGUUAUAUAUAUAAAGCUGUUUUGAGGAAGAAAGUUGUGGAAUUUGAAGAAACUGCAGCUGAAGACGUGGAUACCGUCGAUGGGCAAGUUUUCUCUGGAGAAAGUACAGAUGGCUUGAAAGAUGAACACUUUUUAUCCGGUAAAUUCUCUAAAGAAAUCGAAGAUGAAGACGAGAUGGUACUAACUUGUGUACACACUCAGCGUAUCCCUGCCAAUUCUAAAGAUAUAUUAUUAGCUGAUGUGGACGGAGACGGGGCUCUAGAAAUGGUGCUUGGGCUGACAGAUCGAGUGGUACGCUCGUAUAAAUGGAUUCCUAACGUAGGGAUUAGAAAUAAAUCGUUCAGUUCUAGUUCCAGUUCUGAAGAUAAAGAAAUUAAAGUAGAUAAUUGCUUAGGUAAAUUGGUAGCUUUAAACAAAUGGGAAUGUGCCAACCAGAUAGGUUCCAUAACCUUGCAUCAUUCAGAAGACGGUCAUCCUUCCCUCCUCAUCGCCCAGCCCGGUGGUACGUUCAUGCGUAUAAGAUGCCCAAUAGAAAAUCCCCGGCAGGACUUUGAAAAUUCAGAGACGAGCACCAUAAGUUCGUCCAGCGAUUCAACCUCGAGUUCUUUGGUUGAUUACCAAUAUUUGGGUAUAUCGAGAAUGAGAAAUCGGAACAUAUCCACGGAAAUUCUCGGCGAUUUUAGGACUUCAAGGUCGAAGAUAGAUGGGGAGGAGAUUGGUGUUGGGGAAUCCAGGACCGAUCUGGCCAGACCUUAUGCCUUAGCGACUCUGGACGGAACGAUAAUGCUUGUUCGGAAUGAGGUUAUACUCUGGGCUAUGGCUGUCGACCAUCAGAUAUUCGCACUCACUAAACUGGAUGUAACGGGUACAGGUUCCGACGAUAUUGUUGUUUGUUCUUGGGAUGGCCAAACGUAUAUCUUGGAUCAAGACAAAAAUUCCGUGAGAUUUCAUCUGGAGCAGCCUGUGCAGGCUUUCAACAGUGGGUAUUACAACUUGUCCCAGAACGAACCACCUGUUACGUGUUUGGUCUACGUAACCUUCAAAAACACCGUUAUUAUCUAUUACGAUAUUCCCCUCAAGGACCUCAACUGCAGAAAAUUCGAGCCGGAUUUGUCGUUAUUAGCUGAAAAAUUAGAAAACGAAGAACAAACUACAAAGAAAAAGAUUAAAGAUUUGAGUAAAAAUACGAAAAAAUCACUUGUUAGUUAUUUAUUGUAUAAUUCUUUAAAUUAAAUACAAUUUUAUAAUUAUA